GCUCAAACUCAGUAGCAUAUAACACGCUUUAUUGUUUUUACUUUAUUCAUCACUUUUGUUUAUACUAAGUACGAAAAUACCUUGAGGAAUACUCGAAACUUGCGAAUGCUAUCAAUCUAUGUUCUUAAUCACAGAUGCAGGAAGAUUAUUGAUAAACGCAACGCUUUUCAAUAUUCCCAUUACCGUCUGCAUCAUAAAUGUGGAAGAUCCUUGGCAUUUUACUAUUCAAUCUCGCUGGCUUCUACAGUUAUGAAGAGGAUCUUGGCAGAAUAAUAUUCACAAAUAUUCUGUUUAGACAUGGAGAUAGAACACCGAUUAAAGCUUAUCCUAAUGAUCCUUAUCGAAAUGAAAGUUCAUGGCCAGUACCAUUUGGACAACUUACUAAUCUUGGAAAACAUCAACACUUACUAUUAGGCCAGUGGUUCAGAAAUCGAUAUGAUCAUUUACUUCCAAAAACUUAUUCUUUUUAUGAUAUUUAUAUCAUGAGUACUGAUGUAGACCGAACAUUAAUGUCUGCUGAAGCUAAUUUAGCUGGCCUUUACCCUCCUAGUGGUGAUCAGGUAUGGGAUAUAAAGAUGUGGAUGCCAAUACCAGUACACACUAUUCCAGAACAUGAAGAUAAUCUUUUAGCAGUAAAGAAAUAUUGUGAUAAAUAUGAUUAUGAACUUCAGAAAGUAUUAAAUUCCCCAGAAAUAAAAAAUUUAGAUAAAAUAAACUUUGAAUUGUAUCAAUAUUUAACCAAGAUGUCUGGAAAAACUGUUUUCUCUUUACAAAGUGUUGAAUAUUUAUAUAACAUUUUAUUUAUUGAGGAACUUAAUAAUAAAAGUUUACCGAAAUGGACAAAAAGUAUAUAUCCAGAUAAACUAAAACCUUUGGCUGAGAAAAGUUUUACAAUAUCAGCUUAUAAUAAAAUACUUCAAAGAUUAAAAUCAGGACCUCUUUUGAAGAAUAUGAUUGAACAUAUGAAAUUAAAAUCCAAACAUAUAUUAAUGCCUGAUCGAAAAUUAUGGAUUUAUAGUGCCCAUGAUGAAACCAUAGCUAAUAUGUUAAUGACUCUAAAUUUAUUUGACCCUCAUUGCCCUCCAUAUACUGCAACUUUACUUUUAGAAUUGAGAAUUAAUACAAAAAAUGAACAUGUCGUUACUAUUUUUUAUAAAAAUUCGUCCAAAGAACCAACUUUAUUAACUCUUCCUGGUUGUACUGCUGCUUGCUCAUUAAAUCAAUUUAUUUUACUAACAAAAGAUGUCAUUCCUGUAAAUUGGGAGCGAGAAUGUUUGAUGAACAAUGAAAUAUAUUCAUUUAAUAUUAGUGCUACUACUAUUAUUGUAAUGUUAACGACAUCAAUUUUAAUGUUAAUUCUUUUGGUUCUGAUGAUUAUCACAUUUAUGUAUGGAUACCACAGAAGGCAGCAUAAUCAGAAUUAUUCACGAUUAUCAAUGGAUGGUGCAUAAAAAUAGUGAUUUAAUUUUCUUUUUUUUUUUAAUUAUUCAGUGAACUUAUUUGUAACUGUUUGAAAUUUUAUUUAUAUAAUUAUUUGUUGAAUUUAAAAUCAUGAAAAAUACGCAUUAAUUACUUGUGUUAUUACAAGAAAAAAGUGAGUAAUACGAAGAAUGUUAUUUACUGGUUGAUUGAUUCUUAAACACUUUUAUUAUUCAUUUCUUAAUAGUACAGAAAAUGGUAUAAUAA